CGAAACCCAUGGAUCCUUUUCUGCCUAAUCCUACUUCCAUCCCACGCAAUAGAUACUGUACGGUAACAAAGUGAAUGACAAUAAAUGACAGGAAUGUGUUGUCUAGUCGUCAACGUCAGUGUUCCGUCAAUUUUUUUAAAUAAAUUAUUAGUAAAAUAUGAAAUACCCAAAAUAAAAUCUACGUAUGCCAAUGAUGAUAAAAUUACAUAAAAAUGCUACAAGAAACUGAACAGAGCAUCUACUAAUUUGCCCUUGUCUAAAAAAUGAAUCCAUUUGAAAAUGCCGGGUCGAAAGAAGAAAACUAUCAAGAGAAAAAAGAAAUCAUUAAGAAUAGGAUCAAAAACUCAAAGAAAUCUAAAACUUAAAAAUGGAUGCAAGCGUCAUCCAUCCCCUAUUUUCAAAAAGUGUCAACAUCAACAUCAACGAUCAAAUAUUGUUGACAAGGGUAAAGCAAUAAAAAGUAAAUCUCCUCUGAGGUGUGUCGUUGAAAGUACAAAGGUGGAGGGUAAAAAAGUUAAGAUCAUGGAUCACAGGAGCAUCUAUUACCAUGAAGGUCUAACACCGAAGGACAAAAGUUAUAUUAUUUGCAACUGCCAAGCCAAAUCAUCACGCUAUUUAUCAUUAAAAUGCCUAGCUACACGAGCUAUACGUGAAAGAAAAAUAUUUUCCAUUGUCGGCUCUUGCAACGCUAUAAGAACGGCAUUGUUGGAAAGGGGUUGGGUUGAAAAACUACCCGCUAAUAAAAUGAAUUUAAACAAAUUAAAAAAUGGGGCAUUAACCACCAAACGUGACAUACACACUGAAUUAGAGAGGCUACUUGUAUCAAAUCUAGUUGAAAAGUAUCCUCCGAAUUUUAUUUGGCGCACAAAAGACGAAAUGCGUGAUAAUAUCAUCGAUAUGACCAAAGAAUGUCCAACUAUUAUAAACAAAUUGAAGACAGACGCUCAAUGGACAUCAAAGCAAGGUUUAUGUUCUUCUAUGAAAAGGAACUACUGGUUCUAUAUUGAAGACUUGGCGGAGGUUAUUGGCCCUCGCAGCUAUAACACUAGUGAUCCUGGUGAAGUAGAAGGAUUCGUAAAAGACUACAAAAUUACUGCUUGUACUAGCUUGUUGAAAUGGAUUUUGUCGAUGGUAGCUAACGAGAGACCAAUAUUUGCAGACGAUGGAAAGAUUCCUUUGAAUAUAAUGCUAUUCGCUUUGAGCAGAUGUAAAGAUUAUUUGUACAGAAAGGAGAACAAAGAUAUAGAUCGAUCCUUAAGUAAUCCAUCUCCGGGUCAAUGGAAUACUUUCUUGAAAAAAUAUUAUCGUAUCAUAGCCAGAGACGAUGUCUUCCAAGCGGAUACUGAAAAGAAGUUACCGCUAUAUAUGGCGUACGCAAAAUUCUUACUGAAAGAAAUGCAUAGAUACCGACCGCAAUUAAGUUGCGAGGGGUGCCAUAACAUCUGGAUCAUUAAACCAGCUCACAACUCACGAGGGAGAGGCAUCAGAAUGGCUUCCAGGUUGACAGUGAUUACUGAGUUACUUAAUAAAGCUAACGCUAAAUAUGUCAUUCAGAAAUAUAUUGAAGAACCGCUAUUGAUACACGAAACAAAAUUCGAUAUAAGACAAUAUUGUUUAGUCACAAGCACAUAUCCAUUAGUAAUAUGGAUGUAUAAAGACUGCUAUUUGAAGUUUAGUUCGCAAAAAUACAAUUUGAAAAACUAUCACGAGUCUAUACAUUUGACGAAUAAUGCAGUUCAGAGGAAGUAUAUAAACUGCGAAGGAAGGCACCGGGAGCUUCCUCCUGCCAAUAUGUGGGAUUCUGAUAUGUACAAAGAUUAUUUAAACAGACUUGAUAAAGGUAAAGUAUGGGAUAAUAUCAUCUAUCCUGGAAUGAAGAAAUCCAUUAUCGGCAUAAUGUUAAGUUGCCAAGAUUCUUUAUCAGUUUGUAAGAAUCGCUUCGAGUUAUACGGUUGCGAUUUCAUCCUUGACAAAGAAUAUAAACCGUGGCUAAUUGAAAUUAAUUCAAGUCCAGACCUUAACCAUACUACGCCUGUAACAGCCAAGAUAUGUCCAGCUGUUCUCACAGACAUAAUAAAAGUUGUGAUUGAUUUCGCUAGAGACCCAACAUCGUCAACAGGAAGAUUUGAAUGUAUUUAUCGGCAACCAAUGACUAUACCAAAAUACGGAGGAGCAUUAGAUCUAUUUGUACGAGGCAUUUCUUUACCACCAGAUUAUUUCUACAGGGGCAGUAUUGAUCUCAGAGAAUCUUACGAUUGCGAUGAAGAUAUGGAAAAAGUAAAUAACAUCAAAGCCAUAUUAGACAAAAUUAAAAAUAAAUUCGAUACAGACACGGUAAUGGUAGAACCAGAAGACGACAGUAAUGCGACUAUGAAGAAAGAAAAAGAAACCACCACACAUCAUUCGUCGCGAUCUGAAGAUGAACUUAACGUAGCGGCGAGCGUAAUUACUGGACAGCUGGAAGAGCUUUUGGACAGAAUCGUCUCCGUAAACAGCUUUAAUGUAAAGAAAUCUAGACAACAAAUGAAAACAUUUUCAGCCCCAGUUAAAUGCUACGUAGCUCAACCACAACCCGUCACCAGUGAAAAUAAAAUAAUGAGAAAGUCUGUGAGUCGAGUGACACCUGUUAAGCCUGUUGCCGUGGAUAAUCAUCGAACAUUUGCUUUUAGCGAACUAGAUGAUGGCCCUAUUGGCAAGGGUAGUUACGUUGGCGUAAGCUCUUAUAAAAAUACUUUCAACGACAUUAGUGAGCUUGAAGUCGUAAGAUUAUUAAGUAAAUCUAGAAGUAAAGAAAGUACAACAUCUACUUCUGAAUCGACAGAAAAUAUGCUCGAAGCCACAAGUAAACUUAUCAAUUUUAUAAAUAAAAAGGAACAGGAAUAUAUUACAGAAAACAAUUCUCAAAGGUGAAGCGUUGUCUGCAACAGUGACGGUUUAUGACGACUAUCAUUCAAAACUUAAUUUGUAUCACCUUCAAGUUAAUAUAAUGCCUAUGUACAUAGUUUUUACAACACAAGAUCAAGCUUUAAUACAUUUCUUUACUAUA